AGUUACUUUAAUAAAACAUACAUGGAUAAAUAUUUGCCUAAGCUAAGAUACAAGUGCCCAGUCUGACUUUUUUUUUUCUUUUUAUCUUUGCUGAGGUUUUUUCCAUGUUCUUGAAAGCAUCCAGUCAAACUAUGCUCAACUGUGCACACAGAAGAUUUUAACAGGUAACAUUCAGCCUCUAAACAACAUUCAGGUUUCUCGGGUAAAAUGAAUGAAUUAUCUACAUUGACAUCCCUGCACAAAAACACAAGGAAGCAGACAGCAGAUCAGGUAUGAGCUAUGAGCUGUGAGUGUCAGUUUCGUUUCAUGGUGAGAUAUCACACCAGCACUCACACCAACAGCUUCACAGACAGACUGAAGAAGUGCAGAUGUUAGUGACUAGAAGUGACAAUGGAGAACUAUAUAAAGGUGAUGACACUCUUCUUCAGUGCCGGGAUUCUUUUUCAGGCCUGUGAUUCAGAUGUGAAAUGCAAGAAUGACAACGGAGCAGACGUAGACUGGUACAUUUUAUACAAGUUACCCCAAAAAAAAGGUGAUGGUGGUUUGUCGUAUGUGUACAUGGAUGAGAGCACAAACGGAUGGACACUCAGCAGGAAGAAAAUCGACAAUAUAUCUGGCUCUGUGGGGAACACACUGAAACCUCUUUUUGACUACUAUGACAGAAAGACUGAAGGCUUUGGAUACAUGCUCUACAACGAUCAGCCUCCACCUACGUAUAUUGCUCCUGCAUCAUUUGGCCACAGUAAAGGUGUUGUGUUGUUGGACAGACAAACUGGAGUUUGGCUUUCACACAGUACUCCAAAAUUUCCAACAUAUCGCAGUAAAGAGUUCUGGCCAAGCAGUGGAACUGAAAAUGCUCAAACAUUUAUGUGUGUCACUUACAAAUAUGAUCAAUUCAAAGAAAUAGGUUUGCAGCUUAAGUACAUCCAUGCCUAUUCAUACGACUCAGUCAUCCCAACAACCUUUUACAAUGAACUGCAAUGUGUUGCACAACGAAGUUGCUUCCCAAAUAAGGCCCCCUGGUUUCAUAAAACGGAGCUGACCUCAGUGGGCGGAAGUAAUUUCACUAGCUUCGCAAAAUACACACGUUUUAAGGAUGAUCUUUACUCUGGCCUGCUUGUUUUCCACCUGAAUCAGAAUCUCUAUGUUAAGAGCUGGGGAAAGAUGAAAGCCCCUUUGUCUUCAAACUGUAGCCUCAGCAUCCCUUACCAUGUGUACAAUGUGAAGAGCAUUAAUCUGACGGGGCAAUCAUUCACUAAUACUGCAGAUCACUCCAAGUGGUGUGUGACAGCUGGUGAGGGCUGGACCUGCAUUGCUGAUAUGAACAGGGAAGAGAGUCAGAUGAAGAGAGGCGGAGGUGCAAUAUGCACCGACAACAUUGCAGUUUGGGAGGCUUUUUACAAUUUGAAGUCAGAUUGUGAAAAAUGCAAACAUCCUCCUUCUUAUGCUGAAACCAGAGAGCUUUAA